AUGAUAUACUACUGUACAAUCAAUCUUGGAGGGAACAUAUGGAGCACAUGGGGGCAAGUGUUGGGCACUUUAAAGCAGCAUAGGUGGGUGGCUAACCGAAAAAAAUGUGAGUUUGGCAAGGUACAAAUCAGGUACUUGGGGCACAACAUUUAUGAGAAAGGGGUGGAGAUGGAUACCGAGAAAGUGGAGGUAGUUCGGGGGUGGACAAAACCCGGAAAUCUUAAAGCUCUAAGAGGAUUUUUGGGCUUAACGGGGUACUAUAGAAUAUUUGCGAGGGAUAAUGGGAAGAUAACACACCCAUUGACUGAACUAUUGAAGAAGGGGAACUUUAUAUGGUUAGAUACUGCAAGAGCAGCUAUGGAGAAACGGAAGGAAGCGAUUACUACAUCACCAAUCCUGGCCUUGCCCGAUUUCAAUCAGUAG